AUGUCCCCAAAACAGCAAGACUAUCAUCAGCUUCGACGCAGUUCGACCGACGAGGCCUUCGAAACUGAGAAUGAGACUAAGCCAGGUGCUGCCCAUCUGGAACCCGCACGAUCCCCGAACCCAAGAGCUAUAAUCCUCAGCGCCCUCUCCGUUACGGUCGUUCUCCUUGCCUGCUCCAACAUCACCUUCCUUAUCUACUGGCUCAGGAGUACCAAGCCAACAUCAACCCAGUGCGAGGGAGGUUCAUACUACGCCAGCCUCUACCGCACCAUUCCCCUCCCAAUUCAAGAACACACCGCAUUCGUCAGCGACAACGCCAGCGCGGUGGCGCACCUCUGGGAAGACGAGCUCAGCGGCGACCCGGGCGUCGUGGCGCUGGACGGCGAUUUCGUCCGGGAGAAGCAUCUCCCCGAGGCCAUGGCGUUCCCCUGGGAUCCGUCCAAGAGCGUGUAUCUCCUCCAGGGGUACCAUAAUCUGCAUUGUCUGCGAACCCUCUUCCGUUAUGCCUGGACGGCGGACCGCGGCCUCCCGCAACGCAUCGCGUUCAGCCACGUCCAGCACUGCCUGGACCAGCUGCGGCAGGAUGUCAUCUGCAACGCCGACGACACCCCGCGGUACGCGGGCCACCAGCAGCCCGGCGAUCCGCCCGGCACCGGAGCGGGCCAGGUCCGUCUGUGUCGCGACUGGAGCCAGCUGGAGCGAUGGGCCCGCGAGCGCACCGCCUGCUUCAAGCAUGAGGAUGAGGUCCCUGGCCGGAUGGUCGAUCGGUUCAAGUUCUGCCCAGAUGGGAGGGUGUUGUGGCCGGUUGAAUAG